AUGUACAGUGAAACAACUCAAAAUCAUGUCAUUAUGUGGACUGUCAAACCGUUAUUAAUGCCUGUACUGCUGGUUUUAUUCUUAUUAAAUGCACACAAUAAUUUGUCUCUCGAACGACGAUGUUUAAUGAUAGCACUUAUUUUUUCCUGGUUCGGUGAUCUAUUACUAAUGCUACAUAGAAAUGAUUUAUUUGUCUUUGGUUUGGCUUCCUUCUUAAUUGCUCAUAUUACUUAUGUUAUUUCAUUUAUUGUUAGACUUCAACAUGAAGGAAAUGCAUUAAGACAACGAUUAACCAUGUCUACUAUGCUGAUUACAUCGAUUCCUUUCUUAGCUUAUAUUACACUCAUGCUUUACAUACUUUCUCCAAGAUUGAAUACAAACCUAGAAGAAACUAAAGGUUUACUCAUACCUGUAGUAUUUUAUAUUACUAUAAUCGUUGGUAUGGCUUACACAUCUUAUUUACGUAAUAGAAAAGCUUCUGGCUUUUGGUCAGUCUUUGCCGGAGCAGUAUUCUUUGUUAUGUCAGAUACAAUCUUAGCUUUCAACAGAUUUGUUACGCCCUUACCUACACCGGGUUUAUUCAUUAUGUUCACAUAUGGUGUAGGUCAAUAUUUAAUUACAAUUGGUACUUUACAAGUGGCUGAUAAAGACUUGAAAAUUGCCUAA